UUAUUCACUUUUUGUAUUUCCUUUUUAAUUCAUUGAGUUCAAAUUUUAGGUAACCAAUUUUAACUAUACUAAUCUAUCCUUUUGUUGUUAUUUAAUUAAAUUCUAUUAUAUCUUCAAAUUGUUAAUUAGUGAUUUAAUUAUUUUUAAAUAAUUCGGAACUGGAAAAAGUAUUCGGAUCCUUUUCUCUUAAACCGGGUAUGAUUCGGAUUCAUCUCGGAUAUGCACUCGCUUGAUUCAUCUAUUGUUGUCCCUUGUUAGUGAUGUUACGAAUUGGUCUUUGAUUAAAGUUGCAAAAUGGGUCUUAUUAACUCGCCUUCGUUUGACGAAAAGCUUCCCAAACUCAUUGAUACACUUGCACAUGAAAAAGACUGGGAAGUUUUAUGUGCGCUUCUCGCUAAAUUGCCAUAUUUCCUUACAACCGAAGCCUUAAUUCACAACUCAAGUCCAGAAAAUAUUAAUAAACUUACUCAAACUCUUUGUCAUAUGGUUGAAAAUGUUAAUUUUGAACAUCUCUCCAACACUCCUGACGGGAUGAAUAAAGCAUUUUUCCAAAGUUACAUAUACCCGAUACUUUCAAAUCUUGUUGCUUAUCACAAAUUAAUCGAACCACCCUAUCAAAGUGCACUGGUUAAAGUUCUAACUGGAGGAUUGCCUUUUAUUCGUCAAUCAACUUGUCAAUGUAUUAAUGCACUCUCGUUAUGUGUUGUUGAAAUGCAAGACACUAUGAUCAAAUAUCUACCGGAUGUCCUGCUCUCCCUUACUAAGAAUUCAGCUACAGUCCAAAUUGCAAUACCUAUUCUUGAAUUUCUGUCCUAUGUAACUCUUCAUCCUCGCCUUUACAAAGAUUUUGUAUCCAACCAUUACUUGUCUAUCUUUGCCACUGUCCUUCCUUUCACAAAUCCAUCAAGGUUUUCAGACUUUAUUGUGGCAAUGGCCUUUAGGGUAAUGUCUAUGUGGUUCUUGAAAUGUCGUCUCCCAUAUCGUAAAGUUAUCAUAAGCUAUAUAAUUAGAGGACUUCAGGUGAAUGUUAUACAAUCAAUUAAAGAAUCUGAAGAAAUUCGUAAAAGGAGUGGAAGUUUCAAUUCAGACGUUGCGUUGAAAAGCAAUGAGUCUCUGUCCAACAAUGCUCAGAAUGCGAGUAAUUCUAACACGGCUCUGACGCAUUCCAAUGAAAAAUUUCAUAAGGAACUGGUAGAAUCUCACAUGGAUCUCUUGUCUCGAUACACCCAAGGAUUGUGUUCAACGUUACCAGAACCCAUGUCUGGUCAAGAUAUGAUUCUCGAUAGGUCUAUUACUUCAACUUGGCUUCUGGGCCAAAGGUUGAUUACUAUUACCACUAGUGGCUGUCGAUCUAGAACCUUUCUCGAUGGUUACUGUGAAAGAUGUUAUAGAUUUUGCAAAUUAGGUUCUGGGUCUGAUUUUUCUAAUGAUGAUGUAUUCAAUCCUACCAGAAACUCUUCGAUGUUUAAUGAUCCAGGCAAUUUUAACCAACCUCCUGAUUAUGGUGGUGGAAUGUUAUCCAAUGUAGCAACAAAUUAUUCAGAAAAUGAAAGGAACACAAGUAGCUCUAGAAGGAGGCAUCAAUCUGCAUUCACACCUAACUUAACAAGCUCUAGCAAGCCUACAUCUCGUGCAUUUGACGAUUCUCAUCUCAAUUUUAACAGUUCAUUUGCUGCAAAUGAUGACUAUGAGGAAUCAAGUACUUGUUCUUGCUGGUGUGAAGGCUGGGCGGAGAUUAUAAUUCGGAGAGCCAGUGGAACAACUAGCUGGAAAAUGAGAAUUCAGAAUAGGCUAAAUGUACCGUGCUAUCCUUGUAAUCCUUUUGAUAGUUUAACCAAUGAUUUAACACCUAUAUAUCCUUCAAAACCUGUUAAAAAUGAUUCUGUUGAUGGGGACUCAAGUGUAGUGCGGGGUGAAGAUGCUUUAGCUUCUGAUACGCCAGAAUCAUCUCCACCUGUUUUUAAGCGUGUAAGUUCCAGUCCUGAUAUGGAAAGAGGAGAAGAUGUUGGUCAAAACUCUAAAAAUCUUUCUGCAUCUGGAUCUCCUGCUACAGCUAUUGAAGUAACUUCUGAUAAUGGUGAAGCCAACCGACCGGUUGAAGAAGAAGUGAUUGCCGAGGAAAAUAACUUGGCUAAAUUAUCACGAGCAUCAUCGCUUGGACGCGGGGAUACAACAAAAACUUCACCCUUCUCUCGUGCAUCAUCUUUCAGCUGGAAAUCUCCUUCUCGGUUCACUUCUAAAAAAUCAGAGGUUUCAAGUCCAGGCUAUGAAUCUGUAGGUAAAGAAGUUUUUUUCAAUUCGGAUACUAAGCCAGAUUCAGACCAAGAGCCUAUGACAGAAGGUAAAAAUUACUCUAACCAAUCAAUUAUAUCUCCACUGAAAGCCACCUUAAGUUCAAAUAUGCCUUCAAAUCCUAGAACUCCUCCCAAAACUCCAGCAAAACUGGAAGAUAUUAAUGAAUCAAAGACUGAAAAUUUUAGUUAUGUGCCAAGAGGCAGACUUGCUACAAUCUCGGUUAUGACUCCAGCGUUAGUCCGGUCAAAUGCAACUGCCUCGAUUAAACGAAGCUCGUCAAAUCAACGUAUUACUGAAGUUUCUAAUCCUCGUAAUGAUGGAAUUAAGCCAAGUUUCAUCUUUUUGCAACUCUUCUACGAUUCAUCAAUUAGCGAUGGGUUUUGUAAAAGUGAAAAGCCUCUAAUACUUCCUAGUACUGAAAGUAUUAGAAAUGCUUUAACUAAUUUGGAUCGCAUAUUGCCACAUGAAAUGCACAAAAUAGGAGUAAUUUAUAUUGAUUCGGACCAACAACAAGACUUGAGUCAAAUACUUUCCAAUCGUUACGGAUCUUUCCGAUAUAUGAAAUUUAUACGUGGAUUAGGAACUCUUAUCAAAUUGAAAGAUAUUGACACUUCCAGUUAUUAUAUUGGUGGAUUGGCUAAGGAUGGAAAAGAUGGAGUCUUUGCUGUUAAUUGGAAAGACAAUUUGACUCAAGUAGUCUUCCAUAUAUCCACUUUGAUGCCGAACAAAGAGAAUGAUCCUGAUCGUAAUGAUAAAAAGCUUCAUAUUGGAAAUGAUUGUAUCUGUAUCAUGUACAACAAUAGUGGCCAAGAAAUUGAUGUUAAUAGUCUUAGAAUAAGCAAACCUGUGGUUGCAGCUAUCGUGAUUCGACCCCUAGAAUAUGAAAAUAAUCAUGUAAUGAUUCAUUUAUUUGAAGACGGCUUGAAACAAAUUAUUGGACCCAGAGAUUCUGUUAUACUGUCAGAUGUUGCUCUUCCGAGUUAUGUUCGCCAGCUUAGUUUGAAUCUUAAUAUUGCAUCUUUAAUUUACCAUAGCAAAAGAUCUAGCACAGGUUCGCUCUAUGCUUCAAAUUGUGUUGAAAGGCUUCGUCAAAUUGAGAGGAUUAAACAAAAGACAUUAGAGCAUAAAGAAGAGCGCCAGCAGAAAUCAUUUUCAUCAUUCUCAUCAAAUAGCAGGUCAACAAUACCAAAUUCGGAUCUUGAAGACGAUUGGAAUCCCUCUAAUUUUGAUAAAUUUCCUGAUGAUUUCACCCCAUAUAUUUAGUUUCAAAAGGAAAGGAAACCCCGCUCACUCACAAAUAUUUACUGAGUAUGAGAAACCGAGUCUAAAUACGUUGACCAAAUGUUCUCAUUAUCAAAACAAAACAAGACAUAAAAAUCAAUUAAUUCAUUUAUUAAUACUGAUUAAAAUGUAGAACUAAAUUUAAUACAUAAAAUAAUAUUAAACCAAAGCUGAGCAGAACUUGGUUUGAUUCCUUUACAAAUUUCAA